UAUAAAAAGGCCUAAGGAUAAAGAAGUGUACUGGGUGUCCAAUCAAUGUUUUUUUCUAUUUCCCGGUUCAUAUAAAUGAUCUCUUUAGUAAAUACAAAAUUUCUGACAGUGAGGAUCUGUAGAAAGUACAAUAUCAAUACCGUAGUAUUAGAUUUAAAUUACAUAUAAACAACUCUUAUUUAACAUUUGUGUAAGUGCUACUCUUUGAUAUAAAUAAUAGAAAAAAUGAUUGUCCCACUCAUUAAUAGAUUGUCUACUCCUGAGCUUAUACUGUACUUGUAAAUUUCUGGAAAGAUAAGUAUUUAAGGUGCAACUGUAACUCCCACAGAGCUAACUGUACUAAAUGCUUGUGCUGAAUCAAUAGCACAUAUGUAAUAACCUAAACAGGUAAUCUGAAUCACAUGAAUUGUUAUGUGUGCCUUUAAUUAUACCAUACGUACAGUUAAUCAGAACCAUUAUUUAUUAUUAUCUGUCUAAACCAUUUAAUAUACUUUUUACAGACACAGCCAGAGCAUUGAGAGAUAUCAGGUAUUGAUGUAACUGGAGUGAAUAAGGGAACCUUCUUCCUGAGCACAGAUAUUGGAGCCUGUAAUCAGCAUGAACUCAUAUGUGUUAGAUCACCUGCAACUCUACCUUCCCCUACCCUGACCCAACUCAUGGAACACCCAUAACUACACUUACGCCUACCUUGUUCCCAUAUGUGGAACACCCAGAACUCCACCAACAAUCACUUGAAUAGUUCAUAACCAUUCUUCACUACAGAAAGCUUUAGAAUGAUACCACAAACUCCAAAAGUCUUAGACACUAAUGACUAUUCCCAAACAUUGGGGAUAUCAAAACAGAUAUUCAAAGGAGAUGAAAAAUUGUCAGGAACUGGGCAGCAAUCAUUAUAUACAGAGAGUAAUUUAGUCAUCAAACAAGAGGACAACAUUUAUGACUUAUCUAGUGAAAUGAUUAUCCCAGAGGAUAAACCACACACAUUUACUGAGUGUUCAAAACAUUUAAAAGAAGGGGACAGUCUUAAGUCUAGCCAAAUGAUUCAUACAAAUAAGAAACCUUUCAAAUGUACAGAAUGUGAGAAAAGAUUCACAUGUAAUUUGCAUCUCCUUGAACACGACACAGUUGUGAAACCUCACACGUGUACAGAAUGUGGGAGAUGUUUCAAGUGUUUUGCAAAAAGACCCACACAGGGGAGAAACCUUUCACAUGUAAAGAGUGUGGGAGAUGUUUCACAUCAAAGGGAAUUCUCAUAUCUCAUGGAAAGACCCACACAGGGGAGAAACCUUUCACGUGUACAGAGUGUGGAAAAUGUUUUACACAAAAGAGUGUUCUGAAAAGUCAUGAAAGGAUUCACACAGGAGAAAAGCCUUUCACAUGUACAGAGUGUGGAAAAAGUUUUACACAAAUGAGUAAUCUGAAAAGUCAUGAAAGGAUUCACACAGGAGAAAAGCCUUUCACAUGUACAGAGUGUGGGAAAUGUUUUACACAUAAAAAUUGUCUGAAAACUCAUGAAAGGAUUCACACAGGAGAAAUGCCUUUCACAUGUACAGAGUGUGGAAAAUGUUUUAUAGAUAUGAGUAAUCUGAAUAAUCAUGAAAGGAGUCACACAGGAGAAAAGCCUUUCACAUGUACAGAGUGUGGAAAAAGUUUUACACAUAGGAGUCAUCUGAAAACUCAUGUAAGAUUUCACACAGGAGAAAAGCCUUUCACAUGUACAGAGUGUGGGAAAUGUUUUAUAGAUAUGAGUAAUCUGAAUAAUCAUGAAAGGAGUCACACAGGAGAAAAGCCUUUCAUAUGUACAGAGUGUGGGAAAUGUUUUACACAAAAGAGUAAUCUGAAAAGGCAUGAAAGGAUUCACAAGGGAAGAAACCUUUCACAUGUUUAGAAAGUGGAAAAAAAGGUUUUUAUUGAAAUCAGGUAUCACAUAACACCAAAUAUUUACACACAAAUAAACUUUAUAUACACAGUGUACAAACCUUUUUACAAUUAUCCUAAAGAGGACAAACUCUCUAAAUAGAAGCAUCAAAAAGGAUCCCAUUGUAAAUAAUACUUUCUAAUCCCAGUUAUAAAAGCCCCAGAUUGGAAGUGCUCUCCUGCUGUCCUUUGUUCCUCUAUAUAUGUGCACCUCAAUUUCUCUCAUACCAAUGUGAUAGAAUCCAAACAGCACACAGGAAUAUACAGAUCUGUCCUCAUACUGACCAGUUUACACAACCAUUCAACACUAAAGCACCCCCAGUGUUGUUUAUUAAUAUGCCAGUGUUAGGAGUUUUUAUGUUUGAUUUACAUAGGGGAGAAAAUAAUUAUAUUUAAAGAAUAAAGGAGUCUUUAUAUGAAUAGAGUGUUAGAGAAUUAUAUUAACAAGAACAUCAGUCUCAAAUGAUUGACAUCUGGGAGAUAUAUUUAAUGUGCAUAUCAUGUGGAUAAACCUUUUCUUAUAGUAAUAGAUGCUUAGCAUUGUACAUGUUAUAUACCAGAGGAAUUACUGAGGGGAAACUGAUUUUAUUUAAUGAGACACAAUAUCAGUAACCGGUACAUACAUGAUCAUAAUCAGUUUAAUUUAAAUGGCUACUAUAACCUACAUGUAUACUGGGUAUGUGUAAUAUGUGUGUCAUGUGAUCAUAAUCAGUUUAAUUUAAAUGUCUACUAUAACCUACAUUUAUACUGGGUAUGUAAUAUGUGUGUCAUGUUCUGUAACUUGAUAUUAUGUCUGUAGAUGUUUUCAUGUUAGUUAGAAGCCACAAGAACUGUUAAUAGCACAUACUGUAUAUAUAAAGGUAACAUUAUAUGUCUGAUAAAUCCCUUUGUAUCAAGAGCACAAGUGUUAGGUAUAUUUAUACCAUUGUGUGCAUAUAUCAUGUAAUGCUGCUGUUUACUAUAUAAUGAUAUACAAUGUUUUUUUAUGCAAAUAAAAAGUGAUUGUAAUCCA